GUGACGUACCGUCCUUUCUAUAGAAAGGAAACUAACGCGAGGGGAGUUGAGAGCUUAUAGCUUCUGCAGCCAUCAUUGCCAAGUGUCUUCACGAUCUGCCGUCAAUGUCUGCUGACUCAGUCGGUGUUUCGGCUGUGCCACUGAACUGUUAUGGUCGAGCAAUCGGAAGUGCGAAUGGUGUGGUUCGCAUGUAUAGUCAAAGCGUCCGACGAUGCCAUCCACGGAGACAACGCGGCCCACCGUGCGCUUCCACGACUACGCCAUCUUCUUUUGCCUGACAGCUCUCAGUAUGGGCAUCGGACUAUACCUGUCACUACGAAAACGCGGACGUGCUAGCACCAGAGAUGAGGCAUUUCUGGGAAGCCGGACUCUUCACGCCAUUCCCCUGGCACUGUCCAUGGUGGCGUCGAGUGUCACCGCUGUGGGCAUGAUCGGUUUCGUUGCCUACUACUACCAGUACGGUUUCCACACGCUCUGGUGCAUACCCACGUUCGUGCCAGGAGGGCUCCUCGUCAGCUACCUCAUCCUCCCCGUCUUGUACGAGCUCAAAGUCACCUCCAUAUUCGAGUAUCUGCGAAUGCGAUACGGAAACGGCGUCGGAAUUGCAUCGUCCCUCUUAUACUUCGUGCUGAGCCAAACACUUGGAGCAGCUGGCCUCUACAGUGCAGCGGUCGCCUUGUACACAAUAUUCGGAAUACCACUGGCCGCUUGUACCGUUCUGAUCGGUGUCGCUGGCACCACCUACACAGCACUGGGAGGCUUGUGCAGUGUCGUGUGGGCCGACUGCGUGCAGGCGAUCAUCAUGACAGCCUCACCGUUCACGAUAAUCGGGAAGAUCCUCUACGAUUCGGCGCACGGCACCACCCCGCCUAGGCCACUCGGUGACUGGAACUACUCGGCGAACAUUUUCCGAACAGAAUUAGAUUUCACAACUGACGAAACCGUGUGGGCUGCCUCUAUAGGGGCGUUCCCCGUUCAACUUAUGCGACUUGGCUUGGAUCAAAUGAUCACACAGAGAUUCUUGGCAGCGAGGUGGCUGACGCAAGCAAGAACAGUAGCACUCGGAGGAGUCAGUCUGCUCUCGUUCUGCUACGUUCUGCACGCUCUGACAGGCCUUGCCAUGGUGUACUGGUACAGAGACUGUGAUCCGGUCCUCUCGGGCUCCAUACCCCGUUACGACCAGAUCGUGCCGUAUUACAUCAACAGAAGUGCAAGCUCCAUCGAUGGUUUUAGAGGCCUGUUCUUGGCUGGAAUCGUCAGCGCAUCAAUAAGCACGGUGUCAUCGGUUGUCAACUCUCACGCUGCCGUACUGUACGUGGACAUCGUGUCACCGUACAUUCGCAUCUCCGAAAAGAAGUCGGGUGUUGUCAUGGCUGCCCUUGCAACAUCCAGUGGAACGGUUAUGGUACUGCUUGGUCUGCUGAUUUCUUAUAUUGGAUCUGCCGCUAGGUUUUUCAUCGCUCUGAACUCUGCAGCGGCGGGACCAUUUGCGGGAAUCGUUAUGCUUGCAUUUUUCUUUCCUUGGGCUAACGCGAAGGGCACGGCGGUGGCAGCACUGGUCGUAUUCGUCCUACAGAUAUGGCAGACCACGGGCCGCUUCUUCUCCCGGAUCACACCGGCUAGGAUGACGUACAGCGUGGACAGAUGCCUCGGCAACUACACACUUCACGAGGAAGCGCCGCCUCAAAGCACCGAACAUGUAGACGCUCUCCUGCUGUACCACCUAUCCCCAUACUGGUGCUGCUUUCUCACUAUGUGCAUCACGGUGCUGCUGGGACUAUCAUUCAGCCUGCUGUGCGCCUCUACGAGUGACGACAUUCCGCGUUGCGGCGCGUCUGGCAAGUCCCUCCGGUGCUUCAAGCUUUGGCGUCGAGUUGGCCUACUGCGGCACGUAGUGAAGACCGAAAGCCACAAGGCAAGAGAAACAGUCGGCAAGAAUUCUUUCCAUGAAAUACAACCACUGAAAGUAAAAGAAGAUAACCUCGCCAGUCAACCAGGGAAAGAUGGCGAUAUCGAUAUUGGAGUAUAGCCGGUGCCCCUGCGUCACGCUAAGCAUGGCACACCGCUACACGGAGUGAAAGCCACGUCGAUUCGCCGAGAGCAUUUAACUUCGGCCUGAGUGCAUUGUCUAGCCAAUCCGUCGUCGUUACAGGACGCCGACGUCACCGUUGCAAUGAACACAAGCUUCCCACUCAUGUAACAUCCCGUAGGAUGUUCCAGAGCACGAUGCGACCCUCUGCGGUGUGCGCGGUCACCUCGACAGCUGCAGCGUGAGCAUGUCGCCGUGCAAAUCUCCGCGCAUGACAGACAGAACCGCGGGAACGCGUCGAGCGUCUAUACAAGCGCUACGUGGCUCACGUCGCGCUCCAUAUUAUUUAUGUGUUUCCGCUGGAAAAGUGUGUCUACCCAUCGGACAGGUGACGCCAAACGAUUCGUAAAGUUCAGGGGAACAUUUGGACACCAAAAGAGUGGACUUCCGACGAACGCACAGAACAAAGACUUCCGAAUAGAGUGAGCUCAAGUGGUGAACGAGCUGCGCCAAACGCCAUCUGCGCCAAAAACCCCGUUAUUAUGUGGUUUUGGACCUAUAGGUGUAGCAAGCUUUCAGCGUGGGAAGGUGGGUACAGUACUCGCAGAUGAUAAGAACAGAUAAAAAGAUGGCUUUCAUGCAUGUUCAAGUCGUCUUAGUCGAAUGUGUAAAGAACGCCGAGUCUUGUUGUUGUUGUUGUUGUUGUUGUUCUCGUCGUUGUUGUUGUUGUUCUCCUAUUGUUAGUGGCGCUUAUCGAACUAGUGAGCUCCGUGAUGCGCCGCCACGCUAGAUUUGGCCAGCUGCCGCGCCGAAAAAGAAGCGAGCCACGUGGCGCGAGCCAAGAGGAAUUUCAGAACGGCUGAGCUCCUGGCCUGGCUGGACGCUGCAGCGGUGACUCCGCCUAGGCCUACAUCCCAAAUAAAAGCUGUGACCUUCG